AUGCAGGUGUGCAGGGCUACAUAUUCGAACGUACCCGUAUGGGUGCUAAACGUCAAUGGCGUUGGAGUGAUGCGCCGUCAGAAGGACGGGUGGGUGAAUGCAACACACCUGUUGAAAGUUGCCAAUUUUGACAAGCCUCGGCGUACCCGGAUCUUGGAGCGCGACGUGCAAACUGGCGAGCACGAAAAGGUCCAGGGUGGUUAUGGCAAAUACCAAGGCACAUGGGUACCUUUAGAGCGAUCCCGUAAGCUUGCUGAAGAGUUCGGCAUACUCGAUUCAGUUAGUCUGUUGCUAGACUACGAGAAUGACGGCGUUGAGCUUCCUCCUGCCCCCCCUCUGACUGCGGCUCGUCGAACCGCUUCAGAAGCACCGCCCGCGAAACGGGCCCGUAAAACUGCGUCGACAGUGGCACGUACGGCGGCAAAAUCUAAAAGCAUGGUCGAAGCCAGGGUGCCUGUUCCUGUUCCCAUCAAGCAGUCUCCUGAAAGCUCUCCGAUGUCGUCCAACUCCGACUUCUUAUCCGACACGGGAUCUGGCCAAGGACAAUUUAGCUGGAACAGCCCGAAUCCUGCGUCAAUUCGCAACCAUGCGGUCCAGACGAACAAUUAUAUGUCCCAAUACGCAUCGACGUUGCUAGAUUAUAUUAUUGCUCCUGCCGUGACGGAAAUACCAGAUCUCUUGCUUCACCCAGAGCCUGGCCCUCAUAUUAACCAGCCGGUGGAUGAUGAGGGCCAUACAGCUUUCCACUGGGCCAGCUCAAUGGGCCAGGAGACUAUCAUGAAAGCCUUACUGGACGCUGGGGCGGAUUUGCAAGCAGUGAACUACGAGGGCCAUACGCCGCUGGUUCGAUCUGUGAUGUUUACAAAUAACUACGAUCUUCGCACGUUUCCUCAGGUCGUUGAUUUACUAAAAUCAACUCUCUUCCACACGGACGCGCAAGGUCAGACUGUGCUCCACCACAUAGCCAUGGCUGGGGCAUCCAAAAGCAGAGCGUCAUGCACUCGUUAUUACAUGGAAAUCACAUUGGCCAAAAUGACAGAGAUCAGAGGCAUCUCAGUGGUUCAACAGGUGGUGAACCAAGCCGACAGCUCUGGAGACACUGCCCUACACAUUGCAGCUCGCAAUGGGUCACGAAAACUUGUCAAAGUUCUUUUAAGCUACCAGGCAGCAACAAAUACGCCCAACAAGAGCGGAAGAACAGCCCAAGAGUAUAUUUAUGAGUACGAGGCACAGCGCCAACAGCAUUACGGUCUUGGCGGCUCCAAUUUACAUUCGUCUUCCCCUCCACAAAUACCUCAGCUUUUCAGAGCUGAUGGGUCAAGUACGGCUACCACUGUACCUACGUCGUUUUCGCCGAAUUUCAGUUCGGAGACCGCUAGGUGCACGGUUGAAGUCGCACCCGGACAACUUGCAAAGAUUUUACAGGAUUUGGCUUCUACUUAUGAAAACGAUUUACAAGGAAAAGAUCGCGAUAUCGAGCAAGUGAGACAGCUCCUCGAGGAGGUGAAACGAGAAACUUUAUCUCUUAUGAAUAAGAUACCAGCCCUGAAAGACGAAUUAGGGCCGGAAAGUCAAGUUCAGCAAUCUCUCCAUCAGUCUACCGCAGUCGUUCAGCAGCUUGCUCACCGGCUGCAGAGAGUUUUGGAACGAACACAAGCUCGGGACCUAGCGAUUCAGGUGCAAACCCAAGAAGCCGCUAUCCACGACCAACUACAACGGGAUCUUAAUUACGGCGUUUUCAACCCUGAGGAAAUCCAGGCGCUUGCUGCUCAACUCACUGACUGCCAACACCGCCGCCGCGCGUUAAUGAUUGAGAUUGUAGAACUCUAUGCCUCAGCUGGAUCAGAAGAAAAAAUGAAUAAUUUCCGCAAACUUUUGUCUUUGGCCUGUGCUGUAUCUCCCGAUGACAUUGAUGAGGAACUCGUCGACGGCAUUGCUCAAGCUCUCCAGGACAAAUAG